GUGUCGUGUUAAUGGCAAAUGGCUGCCGUGUCGGAAAGAUUAUUUAGUACUCAGCAUUGCAUCGAGUAUCAUUAAAAAAUCAACAGUAUGUAACACACAUAAGUAAAGUAACUAAAGUGUUGGACUCAAUGAUUGUGAAGUGAAAAUUUAAGUUAAUUUUUAGCUGUAGUCAAGCGGCGAUGAAUAUUGAGAACACCAGCUCGGUGAUGAAAUCCGUUUCUGAAAGCGAGCUGGGUGUGGGAGAGGUUAAACCUGAGCUGAGAAGUCGAGACUCAAGUUCCAGGUUGAAGCGUACAUUUACACUACCUAAGAAUCCAUUUCAAAACGCAACAAGAAUGUCUCGAAGGCGACUGAAGUUAAAAGAAUCGAAAGAAAACAAUAAUAAAAGCUCUAGUGCGCGGGAAAAUUUAAGAAACAAUUCACAGAAUGAUCAAAAUAUUCAACCAAGAUCUCAAAAUAAUUCUUUUCAAGAUCGACAAGGAAUCAAAAAGGUCUUCCGUCAGCCCUCGUUAAAGAAAAUAUUUAAAAAUAUAGUACAACAAGUGUCCAAUGUAGGAACACAGAAUCAUAAACCGCCAAGAUGUGAUGAAUUUACGUCAAGUGCCAAUGACAUUCGCGUUCCACCAUUGAGACCAGCCCAUAUACCUCCUGAUAGAGUUCCUGGAGUAAUUGGGCUUAGGAAUCAUGGCAACACGUGUUUUAUGAAUGCUGUUUUGCAGUGCCUUUCGCACACUGAUAUACUUGCUGAAUAUUUUGUACUUGAUCAGUAUAAAGCUGAUCUUUCGAGAAGAAAUAAAAAUAACUCAAAAAAGUAUGGAACUAAGGGUGAAAUAACAGAACAACUAGCAUUACUUUUAAAAGCGAUAUGGAGUUGUCAGUAUGAUCCUGAGAUGAGUACAGCUUUUAAAAGUGUUGUAGACAAAUAUGGAAGUCAAUAUAGAGGUAAUUUACAGCAUGAUGCUCAAGAAUUUCUUCUCUGGUUGUUGGAUAAAGUUCAUGAAGAUCUCAAUCAGGCAACGAAAAAAAAAUAUAAAAUUAUCAAGAGUUCAUUCGGGAAGCCAGAUGACGUAGCAGCGGAAACUCUAGCCAAUCACAUUCGUUGUAAUCAUUCAUUUGUACAUGAUGUAUUCCAAGCCCAAUUUCGUUCGAGUUUAACCUGUCCAAGAUGUCAUCGGCAAUCAAAUACAUUUGAUCCAUUCUUAUGUGUUUCGGUGCCAGUACCACAGCAACAUCGUCAGAUGAAUCUGUAUGUCAAUGUUUUGUACACUUCUCAACAGCCUCGCCAAGUAAGAAUCGGGGUCAGUGUAAAUCAAACGGCGAAUGUUAAAGAGCUUAGAGAGAUCUUAGCUAGUGAUACUGGCAUUGAUGAGAGCCACAUGCUGCUUACUGAAGUCCAUGACGAAGGCUUCCAUCGAACUUUUUCUGACUGCCAGCCGCUCACGGUAAUUGCAGAGAGUGAUCCUCUGUAUUGCAUAGAACUGCCUCAACUGAAAGAACCUACCGAACAAGCUUACAUUCUACUGGUUUGGGUGAAUGUUCUGGUGAAGGGGAAUCUAAAGGAAAGAUUUGGUAGUCCAUAUACUAUGCAAGUGUCACGAGAAACUUCAUAUGAAGAUUUGCAGAAACUUUUAUUGAAAGAAAUGCAUACAUUAUUAACAGACGAUGUUUUAACGUCAAGCCAAAGCCCUGGCCUCUUUAAUAUUCGUGUAGCGGAUCCUGCGGCAACGCCUAUUCAAGAUGAACAUCCUUGUAUUGAUCCUUGUGUCGAGCACCCACUUUAUACUGAACAAAUUGAACAAGCCCUUGCGCUUUGUGCCGAUGAUUCGGGGCCUCAACAUGUCAAGUUGAUACUUGAGUGGGAUGAAGCUACUAAAGUUAACAUUAUUCAAGAUGAUACUGAUCAGAUAGAAGAGCAUGCAAGUGUUAAGCAAUUAAAAUCAAACUCUGAACUGGGUGGAGCUGUUACGCUUGAAGAAUGUUUCGAUUUGUACACGCGAGAAGAAGUUCUUGGAGCUGAAGAUGCUUGGCAUUGUCCUUAUUGUAAUAGAAAGCAGGAAGUCGUUAAGAAACUUGGGCUAUGGUCACUUCCGGACAUCCUUGUGAUUCAUUUAAAAAGAUUUAGACAACAGUCUAAGCAACAGUCAACUUCUAAGCUCACUAUGCUCGUUGAUUUCCCUUUGUACGGUUUCGAUAUGACCCCACAUUUAGCUCAUGGUGGAGUACAGAAUCACACAAAUGUCGCAACACUCGGAAGCCUUGGGUGGUCACCAUGGAAGAAACCUCGUCCACGACAACAUAAUAUUCCUAAGUACGAUGAAAAUGUAUAUGACUUGUAUGCGAUCUGUAAUCAUCAUGGCCAAGAUCUACAAGGUGGCCAUUAUACUGCUUUUUGUCGGAAUCCUUAUGAUUCCCAAUGGUAUUGUUUUGAUGAUACACGAGUUGAAGGAGUUACGGAAACCAGUUUAGUUACCAAUGCGGCCUAUAUGCUAUUCUAUCAACGACGUUCCAAUAAUUCAACUGGAAACUCUUCAGCAGCUUCUACAAGUUCAACUGGCUCAGGCCUGGACCAUUGGGUUUCACGAAUGCCUCCUUUUUAUUUUAAUAAUAAAAAUUCAUCAAACUUUUCCAAUAAUAAGCAGAGCAAGUCUCAGGAAGUUCUUUGUCAAGAAAAAAUAGUGGAGGAAAAAAAUAUACAUAAUUUUAAUCGUGGAUGUCGUAAUUACGCUACUCUUCAGCCUACUAAGAGAAAUGUAGCAACUGAGAUUGAAGCGGGUGAGAUUGAUCAUUACUCUGAUGAUGAAGCACCUUCCAGAAGAGAAUGGGCUUCACCUAAACCAAUUAGGAAAACAUCAUCAAUUACUUUAACGCCAAAUGCAGUCUCGGCAAUUAAUCACAUAAAUACUGAUGGUUCAGAGACUGCAGUUAUUCACGAAUCAACAUUGUAACAAACAAUUUGAGCCAGAUGAUAUUCUGGCUGUGUCAAAGCUAUCAAUUAUUCAUUGAGCAGUCUAUUUUUCUGCAAAGGAAUAAAGUUUCAACGAAUUUUGUAUUCGCUCGUAGCUAGUAGACGAUGAAAAUGCGAGUCAUUCAGAUUAUUUGUGAAAAUUGUUACAAAUAACGGGUGAGGUUUUUAAAUAUUUGUAUAUAGAUUAAAAGAGUCUUGUUCAACAGCACCCGUGACAAUAAAACAACUAGAUUUUUGAAUAAUUAAUGAAUAAAUGAUGACAGAAUGAGUACUUUGUAAGUAUAUUGUUACUUUAUAAGUGAAAAUUUUUCAAAAUAUUUCAUGACUGUGAAUUAAAACGCGAAUGUAAUUCUUUGGACGCGUUUUAUGAAAAUAGUUACAUCUCCUUUGACUAAAACGCGCUUUUAGACAUAACAUUUAUAUUGUAUUUGUAUCACCCACUAGUGGCCUUAUCUCUACUAUUAUAAUUAUACUUGAAUCAUUUUUUUCACACUUCUAAAUAUUGUAUUCAGCAUUUUUCUUUAAUAUCAUGCACUAAGUCUUUAUUAUAAAAAACAUAUGAGCCAAAUUAUGGAUGAUAAAUAUACUCUAUAAUAGUCUGAAAUGAUAAUAUAAUGUGAAUUAGUUGAUACAAAGCAGAUAAUACAAAUUUCUUCCUCCCCAGUAGAUAUUGGAAAUAUUCAAUGGUUUGAAUGAUUCGAGAGUGAGGAGAAAGUUAUUAAUAUAACUGUAAACUUAGGAGUUUAAGAAAAAUAUUUAGUAUCUAAGGUUGUUAUUUAAUGAAUUCAUAUAGAGGAAAAUUUUUUAAUAAUAUUUUUUUUUUAAAUUCAUAAAAUUUAACAAUCUCAUUCUCGUUUGUUUAUAUGGAAAAUUCAUUCCAAAAGAAGAGUAAACAUUUAUUAAUGAGAAUGAGGGAAAGAAAAAAAUUUAUAUCUAAAAUAUGAGAGAUAUGUAAAUAUAAAUUACAUAUAAAGUAGAAAUCAUUUCUAAUUUAUUUUCAAGUAAUAAUGAUUACUAGUCACAUAUGUUUCGGACAAAUUUAAAAUUGCACUUUAUAAAAAUGUAGCUAAA